AUGCCAGACAUGCACGCUGUCUUCAACUCUCCUAGACUCGACCUCUCAAAUGCACCCUCCCAGCUAUUCAAAGUGCCAGCCUCAACGGCUUCCACGUCGCUUUAUUCUCUCUCGGUCAGUCGCAAGCGACCACGUCGUAACACAGAGAAACAUUCGGCACAUAAUGAGUCCAAUUUUACCGGGUCUCCGAUGAUCCAACCCAACUACCGCUCAGUAAGCGUAAGCGGAGGCAACGACUUGCACGCUUCGGCUGAGCUAGAUUACCGUCCAAACCGAUACCGCGAAUCCUUCCUCCCACCCUCAUUCGAUUCCAGCGACGAGUCAGCAAACCUAGCAGACUACAACGGCAGUCGCAAGCGCAGCCGCCGUGACUCUGGCAUCAUAUCCGCAGGCCCCGACAGCCCCAGCACCACACCCACAGGCUGGGGCCAGACCGUGAUCAAAGCCGUGAGCAAAGUCCUCGAUCUAUGCUGGACGGGCGCAUUCCGAGGGUUUUACGCAGGAGGAGGCCAGGGCUACGACAUGUCAUCCAGCCCAGCAACAACUCUCGAAUCCAGCUGGCUGCCCCCAACCAGCCCAUCCGCCGAGAAAGAUAUGUACAGCCCGAGCACGUUUUGCUCGACACCAGUGCCCGGUCAAUAUCCAGACGACGAGGUUGACCCGAGCUGGGUGGUGGUCCCCGGGAGCUCGGAUGCAUUCGCGGGCAGCGAGCUUGCUAGCCCGUCACUCCGCACACGACGCGCUUUUCGGGCAUCGAGUCCUCGUCGGAAAUCCGCUGUUAUGCCCCGGCUCACUAAACGGACUGCGUAUUCCGUCGGACCCCACUCGCCUACUAAGGGACAGGGGGGCCUGCCAUCCCCUCGGUUGAAGGAUGCCCCCGUGUCUGCCGAUAUACAGCGACAGGCUGCUAAGAUGCGCCGCAAGGAACGAGAAGAAGAUGCCAGUCUCCAGCGAUUGAAUAAGCAGUUGCAGGCGAUGAUCCGCGAAGGGAAGGAGGCGUUGGGCACGACGGUGGUAGUAGACGAUGUGGACAUGUAUGACUCUGAUUAG